AUUUGUGGGACAUCCAGAUAUUAAACUUUGAAUGAAUUCUAUGGAACAACCUGAUCUGAAUCUCUGUGAAUUCGAAUAUGUAUAGAGAACAUGGUUUCCUAGAAGUCCUUGGUCAGCAAAGCAAAUCCAUUGCCUUCAGUGCCUACAAAUAUAAUUACUUUGGAGACCUUGGAUUAUUGUGGGAAAUUAAAAAGCCCACUAUUAUGCAAAAGAAGAAGAAGAAGAAGAAGAAGAAGAAGAAGAAGAGGAAGAGGAAGAGGAAGAGGAAGAGGAAGAGGAAGAGGAAGAGGAAGGAAGGAAGGAAGGAAGGAAGAAAGAAAGAAAGAAAGAAAGAAAGAAAGAAAGAAAGAGAAAGAAAAAGAAAAAGAAAAAAACCCUACUGGUUGCUGCUAUCAGAUGUUGUGGAAGUGAACAGAUUUUAAUUUGGGGCAGAUUAUUCAGAUGGCUGCAUCUGUUGUUUAUAUCAUUUGAUAAGCAGUCUGCUACAAAUCAACAAUAAUGCGAGUUGGAUGUUUGCUAGUUCAAAUGACAGCAGAUGCCUUGAUAGGAGAAUAUUGAAUAGCAUACAUCAACUUUUCUUUCUUUCUUUUUCUUUUUUUCUUUUUUUGACGUGAUUUCUUGCUGUAUCCUCUCUGCCAUUGACAACAGAUCUCCAUAGAAUGGGGAAAAAUUGUUAUUUUGUAUAGAAGCUGCAAUUUCUCUUCAACAAAUUACAGCUGACAGUACUAAUCAAAUAAUCUGUAUGAUUAGUCAGUUCAAUUAAAAACAUAUGAACAUAAAAUAUACAAAUAGGAUUCCUUCUACAUCAACCAACAUCUAUUUAGUUCGGUAUUCUUUUCUCCAAUGUAGCUGAAUAUUUGCUUCUACAAAUUCCAGAAACCUCUCCUGAAAUAUUUCUUCCCAUAUUAAAUGUUAUCGUUUUUAUUUAGUUAUACCAUAUAUUCUAUUCCCCUUCAGUUACUACAAAGGUAAGUUCCAAUCCUAACUAUAAUGGAUCACUGAAUGGAUCUUCAUCUGAGUUUCUCCCCAACACACAUCACUAAGUACAGAUACUGAAAAAUAUGCAGAGAAGAACACAAACAUCUUAAUGUAUGAUAGGUACAACUCCAUCAAAAUAUUUUGUUGUGUUUUCCCAUUGAGAGAAUGCAACAAUCUGCACAGAUAUAACAUCAUUAAAGGAACAGAGACUUAAAGCUUGUUAGACAACAUGAUUUGUGCACUGCUUAUCUAGGGCAAAGAAGUAUGCCUGCCCAUUAAGAAUUAAAUAAUGCAGGUAGAAUCACACAAUGGCAUACUAUAGUUGGGUAAUAAUAAGAUCUCUAGGUGAA